CCAAGGCAUUAUUCACGUAAGGGAAACGGCAGGGGCUGACUUUUUGCUGUCUCAGGUCGUUUCCAAAGGGAUUUGCGAUCGGAAGGCCGUGCAGAUUUGGGGCUUCCUCUCUCACUCUCUGAUCUGCUGGUCUUUGGAGGUUAUUAGACAUGGUUUGCUUGGCAUGUCUGCUGCCACUUUUCUUGGUGCCUAUUGUCAAUAUCUUACCCCUCCUGUUCGAUUUCCUAAUGGCGAGGGUGUAUAAACUAUUCGGUUGGGAGUACAGGAAGCCGGAGAGGGCGCCACCUGCUUGUCCCUAUCGGCCUUCUUCUCAAGCCACGGGUGGUAUUACAAACGCCCACCCAGCACAGUUAGGAACCUCUGAAAAGCCAGUGAACGUUUCUGAUGCUGCAGCAGUAAAUCGUGACAAGUCUGACUAAUGAAGACUUUGGGUAGCUAGUUUUAUUCAGGUGCUAUAGUUGGAAUAAAGUAAUGAUAGUCGUUCUUACUAAACUGACUGUAAAAUAUUUUGAAGAGAAAAUGGUAUCCUGUACUCUUUUGCAUCA